CUUGCUGCUUCACCGCACAGACCUGUAAAAUGUCACAGUUCGGUUACAGAAAAGAACUGUCGAAGUACGAGGACAUAGACGAGGAUGAAAUCCUUGCCUCCCUGACUUCAGAUGAGCUGAAGGAACUGGAGAGGGAGUUGGACAAUAUCGACCCCAACGAGUUUGUUCCCAUUGGGCUUAGGCAGAAAGACCAAACAGACAAAACUCCUCAAGGAACAUUCAGCAGAGAGGCAUUGAUGGCAUACUGGGAACAAGAAACACAGAAACUGCUGGAAAAAGAGCGACUUUGCGCUGAACCAAACCAGACACAAAUCAAUGAAGCCGGCAAAGGGAAUACUGAAGAUGACCAUGAAAGUGAAAGUGAAGAUGAUGAUGUAGACAUAAAUGAAUGUACGUCUGAAACAACAAGUGAAGAAGAUGAAAUUGUAACUGAGGAGGAGGAAGAGGAGGAGGAGGAGGAGGAGGAGGAGGAAGAGAAUGAGAAUGUACAAGAAAUUUUUGACAAGAGAUUGAUUCGCAGUAACGGCCAGCUUGGAUCACAAAGAUGUAACGGGCAUAUUGAUAACCAACCGAUGAUAAAUGGCUUCAGCAAAGAAAAAAUCACAGAAGAUGAUCCAAAUCUCAAAGUGGUUGCCAGCCGAAACACAACUGUUGUUGAAGAUGCCCUUGACAGUAUCAAAAAUAAUGACACUGAGAAAACAGAAAUCAACUUGAAUAACAUUGAGAAUAUAAGCACUGCAACCUUCAAACUUAUUGCAGAAGCUCUGAAACAUAAUACAGUUGUUAAAAAUUUGAGCCUGGCGAACACCCAUGCUGAUGACCAAGCGGCUUGUGCAUUAGCUGACAUGCUACAGGUUAACAGAACAAUCACUAACUUAAAUAUUGACUCCAACUAUAUUACAGGCAAGGGAAUCUUAGCCAUCAUAAGAGCCAUACAGCACAAUGGUAUAUUAACAGAACUUAGAUUCCACAAUCAAAGACAUAUAUGCGGAGGGCAGGUUGAAAUGGAAAUAGCCAACCUUUUGAAAGAAAAUACAACUCUCAUGAAAUUAGGCUACCAUUUUGAACUGCCUGGACCACGAAUGACAAUGACAAGUAUCCUAACCAGGAAUCUGGACAAACAGAGGCAGAAACGCCUCCAAGAGCAAAAGCAGCAACAGGAAAUGGACAAACUUCUUGGUUUUGAGGGACCAUCAAACCCACGGACAUCUGCUUUACAGAAGGAUUCACCUAGAUCCUCCCCCCGUCCUUCUCCAAAGAGCUCACCCUGGUCAUCUCCCAAAGUAGUCAAGAAAAUUCACUGCCAAAAAUCUGCCGUUCCUCCCCCACCACCCCCACCACCCCUCCCAGAGAAGCUUGUAUUCCCUGCUCCACCUCCUCCUCCUCCACUACCAGUGCAGCCAACCCCGAGCAGGAAUAUCGCUGAAGCCAUUAAGCUUCAAGAGCUGAAAUUAAAGAAUAUCUGUCAAAACGGUAAAGUCAAGAAAAGCAAAAGCAUCAAGAAGAAGCAACACAAAGAAAAUAAUGUGUUGAAAGAGCUCAAAAACUCUCUAAAACCAAUUUCAGACCAAAGAUCAGAAGAUGGAUCAAGACCAGCAACCCCUCAUACAACGUUACAUGACGAACUUAUGUCAGCUAUCCGAGGAAGCAGCAUAAAACAACUAAGACGAGUUGAAGUUCCAGAAUAUCUUCGAUGAAUAAACAAGUUGCCUUUUCAGCGAGAAGGAAUGAUACAAAUCUAUUCAAGAACAGCUCCUGAAAAUGUGGCAACAGCUGCAGUUAUUGAACAGACACCAGCGCUGAUGUCCACAGAAGUUCAGUGGAGCAUUAUGUACAUUUUCAGGCUCACCACUCAACAGUGCUGAGUAUUCUAAUGUGUGAAGUGGCCCUUGAGGUUUUUUUUAGCUGUAGUCAAAGGAUGCGAUGCGUCUUAAUGAGAAAAUGAUUAUCAGAAAGUAAAUCUAUUUAUAUGUAUAUAUGUAAACAGAUGGAUUUUCUAUUUAAGUAGAAUGAUUUGCAUAUAUUGUAAUGUGUUGAAUGAAAACAAAUAUUUUUGGAAAUGAUUUAGAGGCAAGCUGUGUGAACUGCAUCGGUUGACGUUAAACUAUUAAAACUUUCAAUACUGUUACAUAAGUAGUUUCUUUUCCAGUGUCUGUGGAAUG